CUGAGCCUCAUCGGGGGGAGGGAGGAAUGAAGGAAGGAACGAAGGAAGAGGAACGGCGAUCCUCCAUCUCCUCCAACUCCUCCUCCUCCUCGUCCUUCUUCUGCUCCUCUUGCUGCUGCAGUGCAAGUCGGGCAAGUGAAUUCGUGUCGCAUCUCCUCCCUCCAUCAGUGUGUGUGUGUGUGCCUUCUCUCAUCCCCCCCACCCCAUGUCUUCAUUCUUCAUCGUUUUGGUGAUCAUGCCCUGCUUUGGAUUUGGGAUUCCAGUACCAUCCGGACAUGGCGUAGAGCUCUUUGUCUGAAGUAAUCGAGAGCUUUGGUGUAACCCUAGAGAUUUGAUGUUCACUUCUUCUUUCAACCCUGACUCAUUCGCUCAGGUUUUCAGGUGCAGCAGCUUGAAUCUGUUGUGUUGUUAAUUGUGAUUGGUGAUUUGGAACUUUUGAGAUUAACUUUGGAACCAUGGCGACAUACUCCGGCGUCACCCCCCGUCAUCUGGCACCACUGGUUCAUUUGCUGGGAAUCGUCAGCAUGGUGCUUAUGGCACUGUGGACGAAGUGCUUCCGGGGCGGGUACGGCCUCUCCGGUUCCGGGGUAUUCAAUCUCCAUCCCUUGAUCAUGUUUGCUGGGUUCAUCUUUUUGUCAAGCGAAGCUAUCGUCACGUACAAAAUCCUUAGUGGAGACAAGAAGCUCCAGAAGAGAGUGCACAUGAUUGUCCAGGGUGUAGCCAUCUUUCUCGCCGUCCUGGGGGUCACUUUCGCGUACAAGUUCCACCUUGAUAUCGGCAUCCAAAAUUUCUACAGCCUGCACUCCUGGCUCGGUCUUAUCACCAUCACGCUGUAUCUAUUCCAGUGGAUCUUAGGGUUCAUGGCUUUCUGGCAACAAAGUGUAGCAAAGGUGAAACGCGCAGAGCUACUCCCGUGGCAUGUUUUUCUGGGCCUGGCGGCGUACGCUACGGCUCUUGCAACUGCAGAGCUCGGGCUACUUGAAAAGGUCACGUUUCUUGAGAAAAGCGAAUCCCCGCCGCUGAGAAUUUGGUCUGGUGAGGCCAUGCUUGUGAACAUCAUCGGGAUUGUAAUCUUCCUACUGGGUGCAUUUGUUGUCUUGACCAGUCUGAUACCAAGAUCUCGGAAGGACAAAGGAUACCGUGACUUGCUAGAGUGAGUGACUUUUAGGUUUUCCUUUCUCAUUCUCUGUGUUGUUGCAGGAAAGUGUACAUUUUAUUGAUUUUCUGUACAGAAAUAAUAUUUAGCGUACGGGACCAAUUGGAUUUGA